GUCCGAUUUAAAAAUUUCCUGUUCUCAAUGUGAUAAUCUUCUAAGAAAUCGCACUAAUUACGAAGCCGAUCUCAAAAUGGAUAAUAUAAGUUUAACUGGACUUAAAGAACCUUGCGUUUGGAAUUCUUUAAUAUUUCAUGCUGUGGAAAAUCUUUCUGUCGAUAUUAUGCACGAUAUAUUAGAAGGCGUAUGUCAUUACGAUUUUCUCAUAAUUCUUAAACGAUUUGUAGUUGACAUGAAAUACUUUACGUUAGAAAAUUUAAAUUUUCGUAUGAAAACAUUUAAUUAUUCAAGUUUAGAAUCAAAAAAUAAACCACCUCCUAUUGAGGAAAAUUUUGAUUUUUUAAAUAAGGCCAAAUUUAAAAUGUCAGCUUCUGAAAUGUUAUGUUUUGCGCGAUAUUUUGGUUUAUUUGUGGGUGAUCUAGUCCCAAAAGCAGAUAAAGGUUGGCAGCUUUACAUAAUUUUAAGAGAAAUUAUUGAUAUUAUAUUUUCAAGUUCAGUUUGUAGCCAGAAAGUAAUUUUAUUAAAAGUUCUUAUCACUGACCACCAUGAAGUGUAUAUAUCCGACAUAUUUAAAGGGCGUUUAAAACCAAAGCAUCAUCAUAUGGUGCAUUAUCCAUAUAUUAUGUCACAAGUAGGACCGCUUAAAAAUCUUUGGUCAAUGAGAUUUGAAUCAAAACAUAAGGAAUCAAAAACAACAGCGAAUGUUACUAGUUCAAGAAGAAAUAUCACUCUAACAUUAUCUAUCAAGCAUCAGCUGAAAUUAUGUUAUAAGUUUUUGUCAAACAUUAUUUAUGAUGAUAAAAUAUUUAUGGGACCAGGUGAAAUAGUAAAAUUAGAUACUCUCAUUUAUUAUGAUUCAUUUUUAAAAAUGUCUUACCCCUUAAUUUAACAGAGACCUUUUUGCCCCAUUGGGUAAAUAUGUAUGGAUUAGUUUUUAAAUGUUCUUCUCUAAUCAUUACAGGUUCUGAACAUUUAUUACCUACAUUUGGAAAAGUAAUCCACAUAGUUGAAAACGAAAAUAAAAUUGCUUUUAUAUAUAACUCAUUCGAAACAAUAGGUUUUGAUGAGCAUUAUCACGCAUACGAAGUAAAAAUUCUAAAAGAGUACAAUAUUGUAUCAUACGAAGAUUUAUUGGAACCCUUUCAGGCGUUAUGCCAUAAGUCGGUAGAUGGAAAUACGUACAUCGCAGUUAGACAUGAUAUUAGUUAAACUACAACUUUUGUUAAUUUUUUUGUUAGGUAUAACACUUGUAUAAGUUCCUGUUCGAAAUAAAAAGAUAUGUUUUUUAAAUAAUAUGGUUUCAAUUAUAUUACCUUUGAAUUUUCAAGGGACAUAGAUCCCGAAAAUGUUAGUUUUCAUGAACCAAAACGAUAUUUCUUUACACUUACUAAAGUAAAAAUUUCAAAUUGGAUUCUAUACAGG